GGCCUGUUCUAAUUGCGCUCUAACCUUCACACGUAAAAUUUGUGAUUAUUAUGCCGAAAUUCUUACGUGUUAAUUUGUGAACUAAAAGUAAAAUUUGUGUUACUUUGUUUAUCAAUUAUUAAUACUGUUACUGAAGUUAUUCUAAGAAAAAAGAAAAAUUAUCAGGUAAACUGUACUAGACAACAACAUGAUUCAAAAAAAGACUUUUCAGGUUAACAAGCGCCUUCUACCGAUGAAAAUCACUUUCUUCCUCUUAGAUUUUGGGACAGCACCAAUUAAUCCAAUGUUGACGACAAUAGCAAAACAACGUGGUAUACCAGUAUUCAUUAUUGGUAUCAUUUUUACAUUUCUUCCUAUUUUAAAUGUGUUAGUAAGACCACUAGCUGGAUACGUCACUGACCGAUGGCGCUGUCGAAAAGCUUUUUGUAUGGGUGCUAGUUUUAUAAAUGCAUUUUUAACGCCAGCUCUUCAUUUUAUUCCAUCUUUGACGGACCAACAAAAAUCAGAUGGUGUGGAUAUAUUGACAACAUGGAGUUUCUGGUUAUUUUUGUCAAUUAUGAUGUUGAGAUCGAUUUUAUGGAUGGUUGGUGAUGUACUACAAGAUGCUAUUUGUAUAGAAAUUCUAGGAGAAGAUAAAGAAAAGUAUUCAUUACAGCGGAUAUAUGGAGCGUUUGGUUGUGGUCUUAGUACUGUGUUCACAGGAUGGUGUGUAGAUUUAUACAGCCAAGGACAAAUAGAAAAGAACUAUCUCCCAGCUUAUUUAAUUUCAAUGGUUUCGUUAAUUGUUCAUGUUUUUGCAGUCUAUGGACUAGAUUCUCGACAAAUCAGUUCCUCAAAAAAUAUGUCUAAAGAAAUCGGUAAAGUUUUAUCCGAUGUCAAAGUAUUAUUUUACCUCUUAUGGUCAGUCAUAGGAGGAGCAUUCACAGCUUUUAUUUGGUUUUAUCUAUACAUAUACAUUGAUGAUUUGGCAAAAUUUUACCACCCAGAACGUAAACCGUGGAUAAAAACUAUUCAAGGGCUGACUUUCACUAUUCAAUGCUGCGUGGGUGAACUACCUAUAUAUCUCUGGUCAAAAUACAUAUUAAGAAAAAUUGGUCAUAUGACAGCGUUUUCAAUUGGAUUCCUCUGUUUUGGUAUACGAUUUUACUUGUACUCAGUAAUAAUAGACCCUGUUUGGGUGUUGCCAGUAGAGCUACUUAAUGGUGUUUCGUUCGCAAUAUUAUUUUUAUCUGGAAUCUCAUAUGCCGCCAAAGUGGCACCACCUGGAAGUGAAGGUACAUUGCAAGGAUUGUUCGGUAUGGCGUUUCAAGGAUUAGGAAUAUCAAUUGGCUGUUUUGUAGCUGGCUUCACCUUUGAUAAAAUAGGAAGUUUAAACUCUUUUAGACUCAUGAGUUAUGUUGCAUUUGCUUCCUUUUUAGUACAAGUAAUUAUCAACCAACUGGUCCAGAGAAGAAGAACAAAAAAACACAAAAGCAAUUCCAAUCAAAUAAACACUUAAUUAUAACAUUUCACCAUUAAUUAUUAAAUGUAUGUUUAAAAAUUGUAAAUAAAUUUACUAUUAAUAUAGCUCAUAUACAAAGCUAAAAAAUUAUUAAUAUUACCAUGAUA